CAGAGUGGUACUGUCUGCCGUCAGCGGGCACUCUGUCUGGAAUGGAGAAGAACCGAACUUAUCUUUAUGAAGUCUGAGUUUUAAUUCACUUUUCGAUUUCACAUUUAACGGCAAGACUUACAGUUACUUUAUAAUAAGACAGUAGUUGUGUGCAUUGUUUUUGGGAAAGAUGUCUAUACUGCCGUUUACACCCCCGAUUGUGAAGAGGCUGCUGGGUUGGAAAAAAGGAGAGCAGAACGGACAGGAGGAGAAAUGGUGCGAAAAAGCAGUGAAGAGUCUUGUCAAAAAGUUGAAGAAGACUGGACAACUGGACGAGCUGGAAAGGUCCAUUACAACCCAGAAUGUAAACACGAAAUGCAUCACCAUACCGAGGUCUCUGGACGGUCGUCUGCAGGUGUCCCACAGGAAGGGUCUUCCCCACGUGAUCUACUGCCGCCUGUGGCGCUGGCCCGACCUGCAGUCGCACCACGAGCUGCGCGCCAUCGACCUGUGUGAGUUUGCCUUCCACAUGAAGAAGGAUGAGGUGUGCGUCAACCCCUACCACUACCAGCGUGUGGAAACUCCAGUGCUGCCUCCUGUGCUGGUUCCACGCUACUCUGAGAUCCCCACCGAGUUUCCUCCUCUAGAUGACUACAGCCACUCCAUCCCUGAGAACACCAACUUCCCCGCUGGCAUCGAACCGCAGAGCAACUACAUCCCUGAGACGCCUCCCCCGGGAUACCUUAGCGAGGAUGGGGAGACCAGCGACCAUCAGAUGAAUCACAGCAUGGACACAGGCUCUCCAAACCUGUCGCCCAAUCCGGUCUCGCCUGCCAACAGCAACCUGGACCUGCAGCCGGUGACGUACUGCGAGUCAGCGUUUUGGUGCUCCAUCUCCUACUACGAGCUGAACCAGCGCGUGGGCGAGACGUUCCACGCCUCGCAGCCAUCGCUGACUGUCGACGGCUUCACCGACCCGUCCAACGCUGAGCGCUUCUGCCUGGGCCUGCUGUCCAAUGUGAACCGCAACGCCGCCGUGGAGCUCACGCGGCGCCACAUCGGUCGGGGUGUGCGGUUGUACUACAUUGGAGGAGAGGUGUUUGCAGAGUGUCUUAGUGACAGCGCCAUCUUUGUCCAGAGCCCAAACUGCAACCAGCGCUACGGCUGGCACCCGGCUACAGUCUGCAAGAUCCCACCAGGUUGCAACCUGAAGAUCUUUAACAACCAGGAGUUUGCAGCACUGCUGGCCCAGUCAGUGAACCAGGGCUUUGAGGCCGUCUACCAGCUGACCCGCAUGUGCACCAUACGCAUGAGCUUCGUCAAGGGCUGGGGUGCAGAAUACAGGCGCCAGACAGUGACUAGCACCCCCUGCUGGAUCGAGCUGCACCUGAACGGGCCGCUGCAGUGGCUGGACAAGGUCCUCACACAGAUGGGCUCCCCCACCAUCCGAUGCUCCAGUGUGUCCUAGACGAGAGAGACCGUCCGUCUGUCGCCCUGGCAACAUCCUGGCAACCAUUCACACCCCCUUCAUCCUCGCCCAGCAAGAUGGCAUACAGGAACCCCUCCGCCCCGCCAUCCCUCACACAAACUACACACACACACACACACACACACACACACACACACACAGUCUGCUAGGCUGAGGAAAGCCUAGAACAUCAGAUGGUGAUUUUGUUGAAAAAGACCCCACCCCUUCUCCUGGAGAGCAGUCCACCACUUCAACAGGUUGUUCCGUUUCACUCGACGCGUUUAAGAAGCACUUUUAAAGACCGCCAGCGGCAUGUGCCGCUCUGCCGUGGCUUCACGCUGCGCCUGCCGUCCACGUUGCCGCGUCUGAAACGGCAACAGUGGGGCUUCUGUCCAUUUUGCAUGUGGUGACCAGCCGCUGAUGCAUGAGAGCAGCAGUAGUAACAGGAAAAUGGUCAAUCACCUCAUCUGUACAUUAAUAUUAAUAAUGUAAUAUUGUAUAGUAUUAUAUUAUAAAUAUAUAUAUAUAUAUAUACAACCAUGGAAUAUUCAUCACAUGGACUGAUUCAGGAAAACAAGAACGCUUUUUUUGUUGAUGCUCAUUUUCUUUUAAAUGUGAAAGCUCAAAAGACUUGAAUGAGUGUGUAAUAGAUGUAUUGACGUUGUUGAACUGGAUGACCCCUGGCGAGUGGGGCAGUGUUCGAGGCUGCGGCAGGGCAUGGCUCAGGUAUGGAGCCGCGACCUCUGACCCCCGCAUCGCUACAGCAACCAGCAUGGCCAUCUUCUGCAUGGCUGAGAAGAAAACCGUCCUCAAGUUCAUGGGGAGUUUGAGAAUCGUGUUGGGUUUUUUAAAUUUCAGUUUGGUUUUUUAGCUCCAAGUGUAUGUGUUCAUGUUGAAUGCUAAGCUGUUAGAUUAGUUGGAUAGCUUCCUCACUGAUGAGAUCAUGUAUCACAGCACAUCCAUCAAGAUCAAUCAUAUUUAAGGUACUUUUUGGCGAAAGUAGCACAAAACUGUAUUUUGUAUUAUUUUAAAAGCACUUGUCCUCUACUACUCUGUGAGGUAGUACUUAAAAAAAGAAGUUGUGUUUUGGAUUUGGAUUUCUUUUUGUAAAUGACAUCAUUUGAUGAAAUUGUAGUUGUGCCAUUUCAUUUCUUUUCCAUCACAUUCAAAAUACUGUUCUUUGAGCGCAGUUGGUUUUGGAGAUUUUUGUAUUAAUGAUUAUUUUCAGACGAAUACUCUGAGGGCAUCACAGAGCUGUAUUUACGCUGUGUGCCCUCUUCAGUGGUUGUAUAUAAGUGAGUAUAGUAUUGCUAAGAGUGUUUGUACAUUAUUUCCUGUUUGACUAGAAGAGGACAAGGUCCAGUGUCAUAGGAGAACUCCGGGCAUACUCGUGACACCCACCUACCCAACCACCCUCCUACCCAACCACCCUCCUACCCACUUGGAUGAAUCGGUGAAUGUGUGUGCCCCUUUGAGGCAUGUAGUGUGUUUUUCUGAGCGGUUAUUCACUAUGUGACCCAUACCUCCCUUACGGCAGAGUCCAGAGUCUGCCCUGCGUCUUGUCAGUUUUUUUUUUUUCCUGACCGUCACACACAUCAUAUCCAUGUCCAGGCCUCAUGUAAAGCAUGUCAAAGGGACUCUCAGGACCAUUACCUCCUGUUCACACACACACAGAGAAAACACUAAACCAGAGAGUGUGUGUGUUUGUGCUCAGACAAAAGAUAUGCACAAUCUUGUGUAUCUGUUUCUAUUUUACUACCAGUUAUUUUUGUGCAGACAUGUUACUAAGAGAGUAUUUUGAUGCAAAGAAAAAAAUGGUUCUAAAAAAAACCCUGAAUUUUGAAAACUGAAUAGGAAUCCUAGAGCGAGUACUGCAGGCAGCUCUUGAGAUGUAGUAUUUUUAUGUGCAGGUGUCCAUCUUCACAGGGCGGAAGUGGAGUGACCCACCUGCCCCAAUGUGGUUUUUAAUGAGCCAGGCCCUCAAGUUCAGAUGGGCAUUUGUCUUACUCUUUGAUAGAAGAUCAGGCUUACUUAACUGGAUCUGUUUUUGUCUUUUGAUGAUUAUUAUGAUGAUGAUUUUCUUUCCCAGCUCUCUGUGGCUGUAGCUACUCUUGGCUCUUGUUCUCGACACUAACUACAGAGCGACAGAGAGCCAUACCUUCAGCUUAACGUACGGCUGUGCACAACCCCAUGGGAAUAUUUAUGGUGACCAGUUGACCCAACGCAUGGGAGCUCAGUCGCUUGUAGGCAACAACAGGCUUGUGUUUGUGUCUAGUGAAAUCAAUGCUAAAGGAGCUGUGACUUGGUCUAAUUUUAAUCAUUUUGUGUGGCUAUUUAACAUCUCCUUGGCAACGCAAUGUUACACCUGCUGAUCACCAUGGCACUUAGCCGGCUUCUGCUAUCGCCAUGACACUUUGCCGGCUUCUACGGUCUCUGUCCGACGGUUGUGACAUGAGUGGGAGGCUAUUGAGAUGAAGGAGCAGACGCUGGGCUAGAUCUCAGUGAACUGGCUUUGGGCUGCUUUGGCUUUGGUCAGUUAAAUACUACUUGACCGCAGAGUCAAGUGUUUGUUUCAGUGGACUUGGUGGAAUUUGGGGGAUAAAGACUUUUUGGGGGCUUUGUUGUCUUCGGCUUUGUUGUUUAAGUACUUACCUUCAUUUUUUGCAUUUGGAUCCUGUCUUAUUGGUGCUUAGUUUCGUCCCAUAGUGUCUCCCCUCUCAGUCUUCACCCUUCUACACAACUUUGUUUUUCUUUGCUUUCAUUGUUUUGAGCUAUUGCAUUGUAUCCAUUUGUUUUGGUAUCCAAGAACUUUUAAUAAUAAAAAUUGUAUAUUAAACUUU